CAGGUAUUCUGCGCGCAUGGUCGAUGUGGAUGCAGACAACCAGAAGGCCCUCAUUCACUUUGAUCGCUGGAGCAAACGAUACGAUGAGUGGAUUGCGUUCCAGAGCCCAAGGUUAAGACCCACAGUAUCCCCUGCCGAUCCAGACAAGAGCAUAUCCAUGAAGAGCGCCGACAGUGUUGACGUCGGCGACAUUGUCGCUGCGGUGUGGCAUGAUGAGAACUACUACCCGGCGGUAGUGUUGGAGCGCAAACACAAGGCGUCACAAGUUGUGCUCACGAUUGGCUUUGAGGACGAGUACCGGACGGUUGUGUCUGGGGUGCGGUCGGAGGAGGUGCUGACCAAGAAACUUGGCCGCAAGGCGGUUGCUGGCCUCAGCUCUGCACGUGCGCCCACAUACUCCCCGCACCACCCAGACCCUGAGGUGUCUGCCCGUGACAGGUCCCAGCGCACGCCGAAGCGAGGGAGCACGCCGGUUGCUGGCUCGACAUCACAUCUGCACACGCAGGCGGAGCGGGUCGUGGUAGCGCUGAAACGGGCGAUCAAGGACAAGGCGCGCGCUGCCAAACGCGCCAAGAACAGACGCCCGCCACCACCGGCAACGCCAGCACAUGCGGUGGCCCCACUGUCAUCAUCACCAUCGUCAUCGUCAUCAUCAGCAGUCACAGCAGCAUCGGCAACGGCCCCAUCGCAGAGCAAGCGCCGUGGCUCGCGACAGCAGGACAAUACGGGCAGCAGCACGUCAACAACACCAGCUGGGAAGAAGGACGGAACGAAACGAAAGGCUUCUCGCGAUGGUAGUGGUGGUGGUAGUGGUGGCAACACGACCACAUCGACCGCCAAGAGAACAGAUGCAGGCCACGAUACAAAGGCACCGCCGUCAGCACAGCGCAAAGCAAAACGAAAACCGCAGCGAAAGUCGAGCGACACUGGCGCAACCAUCAAGGAAGAACCAGGCGCCUCCAAGCGGAGAGCAAGCAGUUCCGAUUCGCACGUCGUGAAGACUGAGGAGGAAGCAGCAGAGCCCUCCACCAAGAAAGCAAAAGCUGAGACAGCCUGUCCCCACUGCAGUAAAACUUGCACCACAAAACGCGGCGUGACCCUGCACAUCCAACAUGCCCACCCCGAACACGUUCCCACAGACAAGCGACAGAAGCGCCAAGUGAAGGGCAGACGAAAGCAAUCGCUACACAAGGCCGAGUCCAUGCCCGCGUCCCCUCGUGCAUCGUCGUCGUCGUCAUCAUCGUCUGCACUGGCAAAGGCGGCAGCUGGUGGUGGUGGGGGCGCACGACAAACGGAUUCGCUACCGGCCACGCCGGCUGGGCGGGCGAAGCGAGAUGCACGCCGCCGCCCCUCUCGCACGAGCACAGACACACGCAAGACGAAGAAGCGACGAGGCAGCACGACAAGCGGUGGUGGUGUUGGUGGGAAUGGGCGGGAGAGGACGGGAUCGCGCAGCGGAACGCCGCAGCAGGGCAGCGAAGAUGGAAAGAAGCAGAAGCCGACCAUACGAGAAGUCAUCAAGCACAAGCACCCGAGCGAAUACGAUGAGACCUCGACGGUGCGCUGCGUGUGUGGAUUUCACACCUUGACGCACACCAUGCUCCAAUGCACCAAGUGUGGGCUGUGGCAACAUUGCGAUUGCGUUGGAACGGAGGCGACAGCGCAGCCGGCGAACAUGUACAUGUGUUACAUGUGUCAGCGGUCCAGGACAACCAUGUAUCAAAGCCUAAGCACGGGUCCCAUGUGUAAGACCGUUGCUCCCGAGCUGUGUCACGUCUCUACCUCGUCUUCUUCGAAGGCGCCUACGAUGCGGGAUACGGCUGAGACGGUGCUGGCGUUUCUGAUGGAGGACUUGGACCUGAUCGGGCUGGCCGUCAGGGAAUGCGGCAUUCGUGUGGGCAGUUUGCGGCCGACGGCGUCGCAGCAUAUGCUGAAGACAAUCACGCAGGAACAGCAGCUGCUCAACAACCGCAUGUGUGAUAUUCUCGAAGACAUCAAAGCGCUUGAGCGGGUGAUCACGGUCCUCGUCGUUCAUCCGGACGGGCGAACACUCGACAGCGCAGAUGUGACGCGAUUGCGGUUUCUGCAGCGGAAAUACGACGUGCAGAAGUUGGAGGAUGAGCCCGCAGACUACAACGUGUACAUGACACCGCCCAAGAGCGAGGAGACCACUGCUGCAGGUGGCACAACAGCAGCGGCAACAACAACAGCAGCGGCAACAACAACAACUGCAGCAGCCGUCACAACAACAGGAGCCACAACGACAGGAGCCACAACAGCGGCAGCAACAGCAGCAGCAACAACAACAGCACCUGCCACAUCUGCUGCUCGCGUUGCCAAUGCCCUGACAUCGGUUCCCACCACCAUCUCAUCCACCACAGCGCAAACCACGGCAGCCACGAGUGCGCCAUACGAUAGCAACACCAAUCCCAGCACGACCAGAGCCGCGCCCACGGCUACGACGGUUGGUUCGACGCUCUCAACAGCUGUCAUGUCACAGUCCAUGCCAGGCGCCAGCACCAGCACAGUGUAUCAAACACAAACACCGCAGCCAGGGGCCACCGCGUACGCAGUACAACCCCAGAGGCGACCAACACCGCUCAUUCCAACCCCACAACAACAACAGCAGACGCAGCAGCAUCAGCAUCAGCAGCAGCAGCCACAGCGAAGCACGUUCGGAACCAAAGCGUUGCUGGAAGGGCGGGUGGAGCAAGGCAAGGUGACCAAGUCACCACCACCAUCGCAAGCUCCACCGACAACUACUGCCGCAAUGACUGCAACAUCUGCAGCGGCAGCGGUAACUCCAGCAACAGCAAAACAAGAAGCAGACGCAGCAGUAUCAACAAAUACGAAAUGAACAAAGAGGCCACAUGUAUCGUUGUUACCGUGCUUGUAUUCGUGAUGUCCGCCCUCGCUCGCUUUCUAGCUUGUUUGUUGACACUUGUGCAUGUUGCUUGUAUCGAAGCCGCCGUAAACGGACACGUGACACCCCCCCCCC